AUGGAGUCGGACUCGGUGACAAUAUCCACUUUUCGCAUCAAGGAUAGCGCAAUCCUCCUUAUAUAUGCACUUUUGACGGCUUUGCCCGUUUGGUAUUUGACAGCGUAUCUGGUUUCUCCCCUUCGCCGCGUUCCUGGUCCUUUCCUGGCAGGAUGGUCUAAUUUGUGGCGAAUUUUUCAUGUGCGGCGGGGAAAAUACCACCUCGUUAUUGCAGAUCUUCACAAACAGUACGGCCCGGUGGUUCGUAUCGCUCCAAACGUGGUGGAUCUUGAUUUCCCGGAGUUGACAAAGACUGUAUACAACACGAAGCAGAAUUAUGUCAAGACUAAAUUCUACCAUGGAAGCAGUGCCAGAAAUAGUAGAAAAAUCAUUUAUAAUCUUUUCAGUGAAUGCAAGCCAGAAAUUCACGCCCGCGAGAAGCGACCUAUUGCCCAGCACUAUUCGAUGACUGAUAUACUAUCGCUGGAGCCACAUAUCGAUCAGAUGAUUAGCUACCUAUGUGAGCGCCUGGAGGAGAAUUUCAUGAAUGGAUCUAGCUCCAGUAAAACCUGUGAUAUCGGCGAAUGGAUCGCUUUCUAUACCUGGGACGUUGUGGGAAAAGCUACAUUCAGUCAGCCCAUUGGUUACUUAGAGAAGGGCCACGACUUUGAUGGCACCAUCAAAACGGCCGAUCUCGCUAUGGACUAA